CUUCCAAGCGGGGAUAGUUGUAACUGGUAACGGGAUAGAAACAGAGCAUAGUUGUUAGCAGUGCCGGAGCUUUUAUAAUAGUCAACAAAAAAUAAAAAAGGGACUCACUUAUUGAACGACAUGACCUUAGUUAAGUCUGUGCAAGGCGCGUCACAAAACCACUUGGCAUAUCCAAAUACCGAAUGAAAUGAUAAGCUGCCGGAGUGCAACAGAUAGCAGAUCUGGUUCAGGGGAUCCUGGCUACUCCAGAUGGAUUCAGCGGUCAGCUGACAUGCAGAAACUCCGGGUGGAAUUACAGACCCUUUACCAUGAGCGCCUUCGACGCAUUGACCAAUCAGAUGACAGCCGGGAAGAGGCUCUGCAGAGCGAGGUGGGCGUGUUGCAGGCGUUUGUGCGGGAACUGAGUGAGCAGAAUGAGCUUCUGAUCCAGGCGUUGGAGGCUGAGAAGGUGGAGGGCUGGGUGGUGGAGGGGAGAGCAGCCAGCAUGCAGAAAGAGCUGGAGCGGCGCCUGUCCUUGGCUUUGUGCCCGAUGCCAGUGGACUUCGUGGGAACGAACACGGCAAUGUUCCUCCGGACCCUUGGAGAACAGACAGACCGGUGCCAGUAUAUGCAGACUCAACUGCCUACCCAGGAUGCUGUACUGCAGCAGCUGAAAGAGGCCCAGGCUAAUGUGGAGGACCGUGAGGCCCAUGUCCAGAAGCUGCAGGAUACCAUCACUGAGCUCCACGAGGAAAUGACCAGGAUGGACCAGAACAAACUGACACAGCUGCAGGAGCUCCACCAGCUGGAGAGCAGGGUGAAGCAGCUAUCGGACCAGGUGAGUACUACCGAGCAGACAGGAUCCAGUCCAGUCUCCCAUCUUACAGAGCAGAGGAGCCAAGAACUGCUGAAGGCUGAGUUGUCACAUCGGGACACGACCAUCCGGAGGCUCCAGCAGGACCUGCUCCUCUCUCACCAGGCCUGUGAUUCCCAGACUGCUCAGCUGGACAUCCAGGAGCAGAGGAUCUCUCAGCUGCAGACAGAGCUACAUAAGAGCCAGCUGGAGCUCCAGAGGGGACACGGCCGCAGAGAGCAGCAGAAUAGGGACCUGCAGAGCCAGACACAGCAGACAGAGGAGCUCCGCACUCAGUUGGCUGAGGUCAAAGUGCGUCUUGUGCAGGUGGACAGAGAAAAUGAGACGCUCAUGGGAUAUAAGCGGGAGCAGGAAGCCGAGGUGGAGAGGCUGGCAGCAGAGGCUGAUUCUUUGCAGAGCACUGCCAGGGAGCCAGAGGGCACGGGGAGAGCCCAGGCAGAGCGGAGCUGGGAGGACUGGGAGGUGGAGCUGGCAGAGACCCGUUCCCAGUUCCUGGACAGGCUGGACAUCUCCAAGAGGAUGACUGAGCAGCAGACCCAGCAGUUCCAGGCUCAGAGGUCCAGUCUGCAAAGCCAGCUUGGUUGUGUUAGACAACAGCAGCAGGACAUGAGUGCUGAGGUGCCCAGGCUCCAGAGGUCAAUGGCUACGCUACGUGAGCGGGAGAUGGAGUGGGGUGGAGAGCGAUCCGCCUUUCAGGGCAAGUUGAGCCCGGCCCGAGAUGAGCUCCACAGCGCCAUUCUACGGCUUUAUGGCAGAGAAGAGGAGCUGAAGAGGCUGACAGAAGAGCAGCAUCGGCUGAAGGAUGAGGUGAGGCAGCCUGAGGUGCGGCUGCAGAGCCAGGCUGUCCUGGUGGGUCAGGAGCUGUUGGAGGAGAGGGUCCUGCAGGACAGGGAGCUGUCGGCGUGGAGGGGGCGCUACCACACUGCCUCAGACCGACUGGUGCUGUCAGAGGCUGAGCUGGAGGAGGUACAGGGGGCCAGGGACGCAGCCCUCCGGAGCCCGACACUCCAGGAGGAGCACGCCCCCCAUCUAGGGGCCCAGGGCCAGGAGCUGCAGCACAGUCCGGAGGACCCACGGGGUCGGCUUGGCCAGAAGGAGGAGAUGAUCGUGGCUCUACGUCAACAGCUGCUCUCCUCCCAAGAUGCACUGCAGAAAGUUACUGCUGAGCUGAGAUUAUGCAGAAGAGAAAAGGAGAAGCUGGAAAGCCGUUGUGUGGACAAAGACGAGAAAAUAUCUGGCAUCCUUUUCGAUCUGGUCCAGCUACAGGAGCAGAAUAGCACAUGCUGUGCCCAGCUUGUCCUGAAGGAGGCUGAGGUGAGCAGGCUGAGGCAGGAUCUGCGUGACGUGCUGGAUCAGAACCAGAACCUGAAGAACGACCUGGGCCUUCUCACUCAGAAACACAAGGCUUCACAGCAGGAGGUGUCUGACAGGGAGCAAUGUCUCCAGGGUCAGGAGGCAGAGUCCAGGCUGAGGGAGGUGUUGCAGGAGGUUGAGAGUGGGGCAGCAGACACUGGAGCCCUGACACAGUCACUGGAUCUGUACCGGACCAAGUACCAGGCCUGCCUCACGAAGAUCUCCCAGCAGGACGGCACCCUGCAGGCCCUGGAUAAGGACCUGAAGGAAGCCAGGGCUCAGGUGAUAGAGCAGGAGGACCAGGUUUUGCGUUUGCGCGCCCAGGCCGUGGUGCUCCAGGGGGAGCUGAGGGACCGUUGUGCCCAGCUGGACAGCGGGGACGACGCUCUGAGCACACUUAGCCAGCAUCUCCGAGACACACAGAGAGACCUGGAAGACAGCCACAAACACAGCCGGGAGUGUGAGCUGGUCAUCGGGAUGCUGAGGGACACGGCCGCCGCGCUGACACGUCAGGCGGAGGAACAGGAGGAGUGUGUGGUGAAGAUCCAGGCUGAUUUCUCUCUCUACAAAGCCACUCACAGUCACUCUGACUCGGACUACAACUCCCAGCUCUCCCGUACUGAGGAACUACAACAGGCAUUAUCCCAGGCUGUGGAGCAGUGUGCCAGGAGCCAGGAGAUGAUUGCGUGCCAGUUGGAGGUUGUACAGCUGAGAGAGGAGGUGUCCAGGCUUGCCCAGCUGAACAGCAACACUGUGACAGAGGUGCUGCGGCUGGAAGAAUCUGGGAGGCAGCUCCAGGCAGAGGCCGUGAUAGAGGAGCAGCGCAGGCUGCAGGAGGUGGGAGCUCUGGAGCAGAAGGCAGCCAGGCUGGAGCAGGAUCUGCAGGCCGCCCACAGCCAGUGUGCCCAGAGACAGCAGGCGGUGCAGAAGCGGGAUGCCCUCCUGAGGCGUUCGGAGGCUGAUCUGCUGGAAGCCCGCAAGGCCCUACGGAGCCGGGCCGCGGAGGUGAAGAGGCAGACGUCUGCAGCCAGGGGCCUUGAGGCUGACCUCCACAGGGCCAGGAGGGAGGGCCAGCAGAAAGACCAGGAGUGCGGCUCCCUCCGGACCCAGCUGAUGACCCUCAUGGAGGAACUGAAGGAGGCCCAGGGACGCUGCAGGGACACGGCCCAGGAGCUGGCACGCCAGGAGGAGAAGGUGUUGCUGGCGGAAGGGAGGCAGCAUCGGGCACGGGAACAUCUGGCAGAGCGGGUGGCAGAGUUGGUGAGGGUGGAGCAGGGCCAGAGGAGACAGCAGGCAGAGCUCCACACCCUGAAGGAUAAACUCCACACCACGGAACAGGAGCUGCAUGGCUCCAGGACCCAGGUGGAGGCGCUGAAGGAGGGGGUGGAGGAGAGCAGGCAGGCCCAGCUCAGGGCUCAGCAGGAAGCCACCACACUGCAGGCCCAGCUGGCCAGCACCAAGGACACACUCGGGACUCUACAACAGCAGUGCCAGCUGCGGGAGCAGGAUGAUGCCAGCCAGGCGCUGCGGGCAGAGCUGGCCCAGGAGCAGGCUAGGCAGCAGGAGAGGAACCAGGAGGCCAAGGACAAAGAGGCUCGAAAGGAGAGAGAGACCGGCCAGCUCAGAAGCAGCCUGGACAAAGCUUACAGUCAGCUCAGGGAGCGGAAGAGUACCGUGGUGGGCUUGCAGGAGCGCCUGGCCCAGCUUCAGAAAGAACAUACUGCCUGCCAGUCUCAGCUGCAGCAGUGUCAGAGGGAGAUGGAAAGCUGGGAGGGCCAAAGCCUGAAGCACAGUCAAGAGGCUGCGCGUAUUGGUGGUGAAGCAACAUGCCUACGUGCUGAGCUGGCCCGUCUGAAGCAGAGAAACACCCAGCUGUCAGAGGAGAAGGAAGGUCUGGAGGAGAGGACCAGGCAACUGGCUGCAGAGCUCCACAGACUACAGACAGCAAGCAGACAGUCCCUGGACGAUGCUCGGUCCUGUGAGGGCAGGCUGGCAGAGCUCAGUGCCCAGCUGGAGAGGUCUCAACACUGGGGCCAGGAACAGCGGGAAGCCCUGGAGGCCCAGGAGAAGGAGAUGCUGACGAUGAAGGUGUACAUGACUUCCAUCAGGGAGAACUACCAUGCCAAGGUAGAUGCCUUACACUUACAGCUCCAUUCCAUGAAUCACCAGUACACCAUGGCAGCUAAUAAGGUGGAGGUUUUGCGCCAGUCUCUGGGGAACGCUCGUUCAGACAUCUUCCAUCUGACCAGGGAGAGUGACCUGGUGAUCACCAACAUCAACCAGUGGGUGAAGAAGCAGAGGCAAGGCAAUGAAAAACUAAACCUUCUCAUCAAAGACCAGAGCAAGAAGAUCAUCCGACUGACAGCCGAGAAGGAUCACCUGCAGGAAAGUGUGGAUGGUCUGCAUAGGGAGGUGGAGAGGCUGACAGCUGAGCUGGUUGAGAGCAGGAUGGUGGCAGGGAAGUCCCAGGCCCGGGUGAGGGAUCGGCACAGAACGCAGGCCAGACCUCCAGUCCAGAUGCCCCACACAGAACCUGCACUGACUGCAAGAGGAGCCUUGAGUGGUCCAGAGGACAUCCACCUCUGUCAGCGCUAGCCUCAGCCUGUGACGGCCUGGAGGAGGGGGUGCCACGCUGCAGUGGUCCCCCGGAAGAGUGGCCCCCACUGCUGGAACAGAACCCAGCCCCUCAACUGGGAUGAGAACCCAGCCCCUCAACUACACAUCACAGGGAGAGACUCUGAUUGGCUGUUAGUGGGAGCAGUUAAGAGGGGAAAUACUAAUAGUUACAGUGGGGAGAACAAGUAUUUGAUAUACGAUUUUGCAGGUUUUCCUA